AAUUUGGUGUCCAUUCACAUGUUCAUUUGUUUUUGUUGUUUUUUUGUUCGGUUGUGUCAGUUGUGUCUGUCGUCUUCAUGUCCCUGACUGGGAAGGCUCACGCUCACACCGUUUGAGCUAAAGCCGGGUGCAUGAAAAGUAACCAUUCAUUAGACGAGUCGUGACUGCAGCGCGUGAUUUCACGGGCUCGUACCGGCAUGCACGCCUUCUGGAAUGUCGGCAGGCCGGCGGAGUCCUCCAGAUGACGAUCUCUUCUGCUGCUGCGAGUACGAGUCCGAGUUGGGAGAACGCGCCCAUUUGUUGGCAUGCCUCUGCGAUUGCGAGGCUAUAGACGAAGUCUUUGAAAGGAUCGUGACCCGUCGUCCGGUCCCCCCCGUCUACUGGUCCCGGAUUUCCAGCACAGUGAUGGACCGCAUUCGGGUGCCCUGGUUCGGGGGUGCAAGGCGUGUCGAGCCCGACGUCAUGUCGGCCGUCGUCUUGCUGCCCACUGUGCUGUUGCUAGCAUGCCAUAGCUGGACUGUCCUCUUAGUCACAUUUUCGCUGCUACCAGUGUGCCUCAUUCUCAUUCAUCGGCGAGCUUCCAAGAACAAGACGAGGACAAGGUUCUUCCUGUCGUGGACGGUCACGUCGCUGGUGCUGCUGCUCGGGGUGUUCCACCUGGAGGUGGUCCCUUACCUGGAGAUCCUCUAUUCUGAGAACUUCUUCCUUAUGACCAUGGUCACCUUCACCUGCAUCUGCGGCUACCUGGUGCACAGCAAUCCCGGCUAUGUGGGUCCGGUCGCCGCCGAGAUGGUCAAGUCCAGCAACGCUGCGGCCUCCUGCAGCGUGGAUUUUGCCUACGGCGAAGGCGACACGUGCACGGUGUGCCAGUUGGUAAAGCCGCCCAGGUGCAGCCACUGCCAUUUCUGCGGCCACUGCGUCCUCAAGAGGGACCACCACUGCGUCUGGCUCGACACGUGCGUUGGGGAGAGGAACCACAGGGCCUUCAUCCUGGGCCUGGCUGGUCUGGUGGUGUCCCUCCUGUACGGGUCCAACCUGACCUUGACCACGGUGUGCCGCCCGAGGACCCUCUGGGGCACUGUGCUCGUACCAGAGAGCUGCUCGGAGGUCUACGAGGACAUCCACAUGUCCCUGUGCUUCGUGUCUGCCGUCUACGCCCUUCUUGUGGCGGUGCCGGUGGCCCUGAUGUUGCUGCAGCAGCUCUGGCUGGUGGCCCUGAACACCACCAUCUACGAGCUGCGCAGGCACCGCAUCGGCACCUACAGUCGGGGAAUCUGGACAAACUGCAAGAUGUUCUGGUUCCCAGACCGGAGGUAGCAUGCAGUCACUGCAGAAACCUGCGUCGGCUACGAGACUUAUUUAUUGAAGGGGGUAUAGAAAGAGGACAUGCUGGAUGCCCGUGAACUGUUUUUUUUUAUUUCCUCAGACUUUCAUUCUUUACACCUUUCGUUUUUGUUUGUUCUCCAGAAACUUCAGAGUAGUGUGUACUUGCCCAUGGCUUAGAGGUUCUAUGGUUUAAAGCAAAGUGCAUUUGUAGGAGUGACAAGUUGUUAAGGGAGACAACCUGCAGUAGUUUUAUUAAUGUUCUUUUUUUAUUUUUUUUUAUUCCAUUUUGUGUUAACAUACCUGUUACAAAUCGGAGGACACAAAGAAGCACCCACGAGGGGACCAGUAUUUUUCUCGGGGUUCUUAAACACCUACAAGAUUGACUGUAGUAUGAAUGGCCCCUGAUUGAUCAAAAUUACUCAUAGAUGUGGUUCAAAAUACCUAAAGCAAAUAAAUUACAACUAACAUAAUUAUUUUUAGGUAUGUACCUCAGCAGUUUGAAUUACCUCAAAUGAAUCGUAUUUGCCCGAUUCUAAUCCACACUUUUUAAUAAUGAAGUCUGUGCCCUUGCGGAGCAUGGUGAGACCCAAUCGAAAUGUUUUACUAGGGAAUACAUCCUACUCCACAAAAAUUCAAUGGCCUUGGCACCUAUAGCUUUUGCAUAGUUGGAAGAGCUGGACGUGCACAGAUUGGAGUUUUCUCCUUUGCAUCGGGAGGAGUGGCUGUUGCCAUCUAUCAUUGUGGAAACUUGUCAAGACAGCAAUGACACCCGUUUCAGCUGCCUUGCCAAAUCUGGUAUCUUGGUGUGUUGGCGGCAACCCCUCUCCCUCAGCAAAGCAUGACAGCAUGGACAGCACGUUGCACGUGCAUUCUCUCAGAUACUGGGUUUCCCCACUGCCCAGGGAGGAUUUGGUGCUGUGGGGACACUCUAGUGCAAAUAUGACCAGAGUAUAAUGUAUUCUCCUUGUAAAGUAUUUGGCCAUAUGAUGAGACACUUGAUGUGACUUGUGUUCUGAAGGUGAGUGCAGAGAGGAAAUUAGCUUUGCAGACUCAAGUGUGAGGCAGGAAAAUGAAGCUGUCUACAUUCAAAGCUUGUUGCUUUUUUAUAUUUAUAGUUUCUGAAUGCAAUAUUUAAUGUUUAACCACGAGAUUUACAAAAUUGAAUUACCAUUUGAACUUUUUUGCAGAUUUUAAGCUCGUUAUAAUAGACCUUGAUUUACAGUCUAAGCUCGUUAUAAUAGACCUUGAUUUUGACCAAGAUUUCGGUCUGUUGUAAGAGGAGUAUCUUGUAUGGCAGAUAUGAAGUUGUGUAAAUGGUAUGUAGAGGAAAACCAACCGAACUUCACAAAUCGGUAGGUUAUAUCCAAAUGUCUGUUGUAACCAGGUCUUUUGUAAUGAGCUAAGACUAACUUGAAGCCGAUGGUGGUGCAUGAUGAAUAAGUAGUCCAUCAUAGUUUUUUUUUGUAUAUAAUUGUGUGCUUGUGCUGCAAAUGGAACGCAUAUGACUUUGUAUGUACAGUGCCCACCAAACUUACAAAACAUGCAAAUUGUGUCUUUUCUUAUGGGAGUGUUAUCCUGGCGGCUGCCAGGCAAUGGUUUUGUGAUGUACCCCUCGACAAAUCAUCCCGUGCUCCGUAUAAGCUUGGUGAGCUCUGUACAUACAAGUGCAACACUUUUAAUGCAACAAAUGAUUGGCUUUCUUUUUUUCCUUUUUUUUUUUUCAAACCGAAAAGUUGUAAUUGAAAUUUUUUGUGUGGUGGAAAGUUCUUGUUUGGGACAUUUACCCAAGCUGUAAAUUUUGGUGCCUUCCAAAUAAUGUUUAAAAUUAAAGCGCAAAAAAAAAAAAUGAAAGCUGUUUACAACUCCCUGUAACGCCGAAUUAGAGCGCAGCUCUUGAG